GCGAGCUGGGCUAGCAAAGGGGGUGCGGGUGAAAGCUGCACAGAGAAAGGGGCUGCUGGCGGCGAAGAUGGCGGAUGGGGACAGUGGAAGUGAGCGCGGUGGCAGCAGCAGCGGAGGGGGGGGUGGUGGUGGUGGCGGCGGCUUCCAGCAUUAUCAGCGGGAGCCCGAGACUCAGGAGCUGGCCUCUAAGCGGCUAGACAUCCAGAACAAACGCUUCUACCUUGACGUGAAGCAGAACGCCAAAGGCCGGUUCAUCAAGAUCGCCGAGGUCGGCGCCGGGGGGUCGAAAAGUCGGCUGACCCUUUCCAUGUCAGUGGCGGCGGAGUUCCGCGACUACCUCGGAGAUUUCAUCGAGCACUACGCCCAGCUGGGGCCUAGCACUCCGGAGCAGAUCGCUCAGUCAUCCGGUGGCGAUGACAGCGGGCCUCGGCGGGCCUUGAAGAGCGAGUUCCUGGUGCGGGAGAACCGAAAAUACUACCUCGACCUGAAGGAGAACCAGCGGGGUCGCUUUCUCCGGAUCCGCCAGACCGUCAACCGAGGCCCCGGCUUCGGUGUCGGCGUGGGUGGCAUGCCCGGAACUGGCAUGCAGGCCGGACAGACCAUCGCCUUGCCGGCCCAGGGCUUGAUAGAGUUCCGCGACGCCUUGGCCAAGUUGAUAGACGACUACGGCGGCGAUGACGACGAGCUGGUCGGCGGCGGUGGAGGGGCGACCGGCUACAGCGAGCUCCCGGAGGGCACUUCCAUCAUGGUGGACUCUAAGCGCUUCUUCUUCGACGUGGGCUCCAACAAGUACGGCGUUUUCUUGCGGGUGAGCGAGGUGAAGCCCAGCUACCGGAACUCUAUCACGAUCCCCUUCAAGGCUUGGAGCAAGUUUGGGGGAGCGUUCAGCCGCUACGCCGAGGAGAUGAAGGAGAUCCAGGAGCGGCACCGGGACAAGGCGUUCGAGCGCCGGGCCGCAGAAGAGUCCGAGGGCGACGACGUGGAAGACGACUGACAGCUUACUUUCCUUUUUGUUUUCAUUGGAUUUAUUUGUUGCUCAAGAUGACCAGAAGAUGCAAAGCCGGGGAGAUACAACAGGAUCUGGAGUGCAUGACUUUUUCUAAAUGGGGAGUAAAAUUAAGUUUUAUAUAUAUAUAUAUAUAUAUAUAUAUAUAUAUACACACACAUACUGAGAAAUAAGUGUCUUUAUAAAGAGUUGUUCGAAAAAUACAUAGAUGGAUGUUAUAGAUACAAGAGUACGAUGCCCAUUGAUUGAGAUAUAUAUUAAAAUAUUUAUCUAUACAUAUACAGGUGCAUCUCAAUAAAUCAGAAUGUCUGAUAAAAAGGUAUGAUUUCUGGUGUUCAGUUCAGACAGAGACAAGUUAAUGCUGGGGUGUCCAAAGUGCGGCCCAUGUAGCAUUUUGGCGAAUAUGAGUUUAAAAAAAAAGCGUAUUUUUGAUGAGCUUGGUAUGAUUUCCUUACCCACGAGUUGUUUCUUUACUGUUUGUUGUAAAACUUCUUCACAUAAGCUCAAUAAUCGGCCAGAGUUAGAAAAUGUGACUUGAAACAAGCAAAACGUUUUGAAAUAAAUGAACAUUUCAAGGAUAUUCUAAUUGAGAUGCACCUGUGGGCCGAUUGGUUCAUUUGAUGGCAGUGCGACAGACUUCCUGGUUGAGAGCCAAUCAAAAGAGCUCCCUGUCGUUUGUGUUUUGGACGGCAUCAGGGGUGAAGCGCCCGCCUCUUCGGGCCGGGGCGGCCAACUGGAGGGUGUCCAGCUCGGGUGGGACAUCCCUGAUUCAGCCCCUGACAUCAGGUGUUCUCUUACAAGCACAUGACCCAUUUGGAUUCUGUGGAUGAUACAGACGACCCAACACACACCCGUCCCUUAUCUCCCUGCUUCUUCGUGUGUGUGUGUGUGUGUGUGUGUGUGUGUCACCUCUCGGUGCUACUUGUCUCAGGACUGGCAAGUUCCAGCCACACUUUGGAGGAGAGGGUCCCAUGAGUCAAAGCUUCGGGGCAGCGUCAUUUGGGUCUUUCCACUCCUGGAACUCUUGAAGCCUGAUUGUAAGAGGUGCUUCAGGCAAACAAACACACAAAAAAACACAUAAAUAGGGUGCAAAAUAACUAAAUGUAUACUGGAACAGAUUUUAAAACCAAUUAUAGAUAGUUAUUUUUCAAAAAGAGAUAUAUUGUCUCACAUGAGACUUUUAUUUAAAAAAAAAAAAAAAGUGGCUUAUUUAAAAAAGAGAAAAGUAACAAACACUACACUUGGUUAUUUCUUCUUACCUGCUUUUGUUUUCUUAUGUUUUCCUGAGAGCGGGGGUGUCCAACAUGUGGCCCAGGGGCCAUUUUCAGCAAGCAGCAUUUU